GCAUGAAAUAUCCAUUCAAUCCGUUUCCAACACUCGCUGAAGUUGAAUUCAUUUACUGCCCUGUACUUGGGGCUAUCGGAGUGCCCGUUAAUUUAUUGGCAAUCGCAAUCCUAUCUCGGAGAACCUGUGGACUCUCCAAAUGUGUCAAUCAUUACCUGGUGGCCAUGGCUGCAGUGGACCUUCUGGUCGUCAUCACUGAAGUAAUCUUGAGAUGGUUUAUCAUUUACUUUCCGGUUUCUUUCCUGGAUAUUACUCCCGUAUGUACUUUGGUAAGAGUGCUGAUGAUUGGUGCCACAGUCUGUUCAGUGUGGCUCACGGUUGCUUUCACCUUUGAUCGAUUUGUGGCUAUUUGUUGUGAGAGGCUAAGAACAAAAUACUGCACUGAGAAAAUAGCACUCGUGGUUAUUGGAACAGUGAGUGUGCUGGGCUAUUUGGAAAGCAUUCCCUGGUUCUUCAAAUACAGAGCUAAAUACACCUUCAAUAACCUGGAGUGGUUUUGCAUUACAAAACCAGAAUAUUACACUUCAAUCAUCUGGGCUGCAUAUGUACUCCUCCAUCGCUUCCUAACUCCUUUAGUUCCAUUCCAUUUGAUUGUUCUCUUUAAUAUUCUGACAGUCAGACACAUCUUCAUUACAAGUAAAGCCCGCAGGAGACUCUGGGUGGAAACUGGUAGGGAAGGCCCAACUGACCCCGAGAUGGAAAGGCGCAGAAAGUCCAUCAUUUUAGUCUUCACUAUCUCGGGCAGUUUUAUCAUGUUAUGGUUAAUCAAUGUUAUAUGUUUCAUCCAUCAGCAAAUUGCAUUGGUGUACGAUUUAUCUCCACCUUCGCCCACUAUUGGUACCAUUGGACACCUGCUCCAGCUCCUCAGUACCUGCACAAAUACUUGCAUCUACACAAUGACCCAGAGUCAGUUCCGAGAACAGUUAAAAGCAGUUGUCAAAUAUCCUUUCAGUUUGAUACCGAGUACAACGAAACUACGAACAUGCUUUUUAUCAUCAGUCUGUCCUUAUCCGAGCUUAUUUUAACCCUAAGGGAAAAGUUGUUGCAAGUUGGGAAAAGACAAUGGUGUUAGGCAGCGACUGAAAGGAAGAUCCAGAGGCAGUCAGCAUCAGGUAGAGAAACAAGUGAGCUGAGAACCUGAAGAAAAUCAGUAUCAGUUAGGAGAGUGUGCAAAGGCAAGAUCUGGACACAGGCUACAUUUGUUAGAGCAGUGAGUGGAAGUAGUACUCAGAAGCAAUCACCAUGAGUUACAGGAGCGAGCAAAAAGAGGACCCAUAGAGUCAUGGAGAUCCACAGCACAGGGAAAGCCUGUUCAGUCCAUUGUAGCUGGGCCUGUCAGGAACAACCAAAUAUUCUAAUCCCAUUUUGCAACACUUGUCCAUUGCCUUCUGACUCCUGGCAUUGCAAGUUCACAUCUAAAUACUUCUCAAAUGUUGGGAAGCUUUCUGCCUCUACCACACUUACAGAUCAUCAGCCAAUGUCAGCUCAAGUAGCAUGUGAAUGGAAAACCAGACACAGUCAGCAUCAUUUAGAAGAACCAUCCUUUCCAUUCCUGUCCAUUGUCACCAGGAGCAGAGCAGGCGUGUUCAGAGAGAAAUCAAUGACUGACACAAUACGAAAGUGAAGCAAUAA